GGAUUGAGGAAUGAAAACGUGGGGAAGGUUUGAAUUGGAAUUGUCGAAGAAACAGCAGUCAGCAGCCUAGUAGACGGAGUUAUGAGGGCCCGUGCGCAACGGGUCCCGGCAGAACUGUAACAAGCUUCGACUCCGCCUGCUGUAUUAGGGUUAGCGCACAUUGGCAAGGCAGCAGAGCGCCCGCGAUAACAGAUUGCGGUUUGCGAUUACGCAGAAGGGAGUCCCCUUUUCCAACAGCUGUUCAACAACUACACCAUCCCCGAGCUGCGAUAUCUCUGUCAAGCCUCCAAUACUCCAAGAAAUCGAUCGCAAUAAUCGUUGCACCGAAUACAGAAGAACUGCAUGGACUUUCUCAAAUCCGCCGUCGCUUCGGCGAUGGCAGCGAAGGGACCGCCAUUCCCCUAUAAUUUUGGCGAUAAAGUCGACCUUGACCCCUCUAUAUGGACUCUGUACAAUGGCACUCGGCGGGAAGAUGGUUCCGAUUGCAGUAUCUUCUCAUUCGAAACCGCCGCGAAUCGAUCCGCCCUCCCUCUCGCCAGGAAUGCGCUGAAGAAGCUCCGAACACUACGACACCCGGGUGUAAUAAAGGUGCUGGAUACGGUCGAGGUAUGA